AUGACAAAUCCAACGGCCAUCAAACUUUUAGUGAGCAGUCCUAUUACUACUCGUAUGAUCGAUGAUCAUCAACCUUUACCUCCUCUAUUAACUUUUAUACAUAGAUUAGUAAUGAAAUCAAAUGUUUCAACUGCAACUUUUCUAUCAACUCUAGUAUAUUUAGCGAGAUUACGAAAUAAAUUACCUAAACUUGCUAGAGGAAUGCAUUGUACCCGUCAUAGAGUAUUUCUUGCCACUCUAAUAGUCGCAUCAAAAUAUUUAAAUGAUUCUUCUCCGAGAAAUAAAUAUUGGGCUAAAUUUUCGGGUGUUUAUUCGGUGAUGAAAGUUAAUCUUAUGGAAAGACAAUUACUUUCCUUGUUGGAUUAUGAUCUUCAUUCAGAAUUUGAUAAUAAACUAGAAGACGAUGAAGAACCACAACUUCCUACUUCGGCAAAUUCCACAAUUUCAUUUGAUGAAUUAUAUGAACGAUUUAGUUUUCCGGAGACAUUACGAGAUCAUCAUGGAAGAAGAACUUCAACUUCUUCAAAUUCUACAUGUUCUACGAAUUCUUCAAUAAAUACUCCAACAAAUGUUAAUACACAAUCACAAUUUUAUCAACAACAACAACAAUCUUAUAGAAUAGUUUUAGUUAGAUAG